AUGGGCGAACAAAAGUCGAAUUCGUGGCCGAAACAUAUCUGGGGACUUUUCUUACUCUCGUUGGUGUUCAGCUGCGCGGUUUUGACCAGCCUUGGAUGGUAUGGACUAAACGGCGGUGGAUUCUCUACAGGAUUUCCUGCGUGGUUGCCUGGUGUCGCAGCAGCAUUGACACUCGUCUGUACCAUCAUCAAUAUAACAUCAACCAACCCAAACGCGUGCGAGAUUUUUGUGCAUGAUACUAUUCAGAUUUUAUUGUGGAGUGCUACCACCAUCAAAAUCUCAUUAUUCAUUACCAAUCAAGAUGCCUUUGGGAGUUGCGAAAAGACGUCUGUCCGAAGCACCUGCAUUAGCGCGCAGCUCGCUCUCUGGUUCGGCGUGGUUCUUUUACAUAUCUCAUUUGCGAAACUCAUCACGGCAUUCUACGUUCACAGAAACACGCAGAACCCAAAGAGUCAAACAACUGAUUGCGAGAAACAGCUUGGUCCAGUACAAUGA